AUGGAGUCAAGCAAUGUAGUACCGGCCUUCUAUAUCUCUCACUUCCUGUCGACGUGGAAUGCACGAGGCUUUGAAUUCGGGGCAAUCCUGUUCCUCGCGACCGUCUAUCCGGGCACGUUACUCCCGAUGUCUAUCUACGCCUUGCUGCGCUCUCUGGCAGCCAUAUGCCUCUCACCGUCCGUUGGCCGGCUGAUCGACUCCGGCGACCGUCUCCGCACCGUGCGACUGUCUAUCAUCGGUCAACGUCUGGGCGUUGCAGCGUCAUGCCUCACCUUCGCGCUGCUCUUCAAGUGGAAGCAGACACUUCCUUCCCUUUUCGUCAUGCUGCUCCUGGGCAUCUUGGUCUUACUGGCCUGCAUGGAGAAGCUCGGCUCAAUCAUGAACACCGUGGCCGUGGAGCGAGACUGGGUGGUAGUCAUUGCCGCCGACCACGAUGCAUUACUUCAGACCUUGAACGCGCAGAUGCGUCGGAUCGAUUUGUUCUGCAAACUGGCCUCUCCCUUGGCCAUUGCUCUCCUCCAUGGCUGGGCCCCGAUCGUUGCUGUGUGGAUCACUCUAGCCACCAACGCUCUGUCGGUAGGGAUCGAGUAUCUGCUGAUCGCGAGGGUGUUCCAUCAAGUCCCGGCACUGGGUGAUCGUGGUUGUCGACCACGACAACAACCAAGCGAUGAUCGAGUGUCUAGUAGCGGUAUUGACGAAACCGACAUAUAUAUUAACACCCCGGGGCAACAGCCUCGUUCACAGUCACCCUUCGUUACUCAAUACAUGGAGCCACUCUUGACUCCUCUCAGCACCUAUGUUCGACAGCCUGCUUUUCUUCCCUCGCUCGCCCUGUCAGUGCUCUAUUUGACGGUCCUAUCCUUUUCCGGCCAGAUGACUACAUUCCUCCUAAGCAUACCAGAACCAAGGAUAACAUCGACGACGGUGGGAAUAUUACGCACCAUUUCCACCGUGUCGGAGAUCUCAUCGACCUUCAUCGCUCCGAAAGUCAUGUCGAAAAUCGGCCCAGUCCGUGCCGGCAUCUGGUUUUUAUCAUGGCAGACCGUGUGUUCCAGUGCCGCCGUUGGGCUUCUAUGGACGGAUUUCUCGACAUCGACAUCGUCGUCGCCUCGAAUCAGCCUUCCACUGUUCAUCGGCGGCGUCAUCCUCUCACGGGUUGGAUUGUGGUCCUUCGAUCUGUGCGCCCAACUGAUCAUCCAAGAAUCCAUCCUGCCUGCGUACCGUGGCUCGUUCUCAGCCGUCGAGAUGUCGCUGCAGAACCUCUUCGAACUUUGCGCUUUCACGACGACCAUCGUAUUCCCUCGGCCGGACCAGUUCCGAUACCCGGCCCUGGUAUCGCUAGGAGCCCUGUAUCUCUCUGCUGCACUCUAUGCCAAAUUCGUCCGCGACCGACGUGGCCAUCUGUUGCACAUGCCCUCGUGUCUCAAACCCGUUCGGGACAGGGGUCAUCACGCAUACCAACUGGUCACGGCGGGACCGGGGGUGAGUUAG